CUCUGUACCGGAAGCGCUGCUGUGACAUCACGGGGAAACUCAGCAGGGCGAGCAGAAAACAAACAUACCGAAACAUCUCUGUCACAACCAUCUUCAUUAUCAUAGAGUGACUGUUGCCAUCCGAUUGUAACGGGCUUCUUUAAACCGUCCGAUUAUUUCCGGUAAGUGUAGCGGCAGCUGAAGUGUUGCUGAUAUCACAGCCUCAUGAACAAACUCAUAAUUACUAAUAAACAUAGGCCACUACAGCUAGAUGUUAACAUUAUGUACAAAUAUAAAGGUAAGAGACAUGGUGUCUGUCAGUCACAGUUUGUCUGUUUAUUUUGAGGAUACUUAAUAUUGCCCUUAAAAAUUGUAUUGUUUUUAUUUGUUCUCAUUAUAGUAAACAUAUGAUUUUGACCUAGUUCUUGUUUCUCUUUGUGACAGACAGGACUUUGUUUCCUGUGUCAAAGUAUGUCUUCUUCCUGUUGUCAUUGUGGUGUGAUAUAUAUUCUUGUCAUAUUUACGUUCCAUGAUGAAUAAUAGCAGUUGAUGACUCACACAGGGUGGGGAAAGCUGUUUUUGUGUGUGUGUAUUUACUAAUUUCUCUCCCUGUUCUUUCAUUUAGCAUCAGUGUGGAACUUCGCACAAAAAUGUGAGCAGGUUCACUUUCUGUUUGCAUUUUUAUAUCAAGAUGGCUGAUGAUUUGGUCUCCUGUGCGGCUGGAGCGCGAGGAGCCGUUCACUCCGCUCAGCCCUGUGCCAAGCAGAAAUACCGCAGUAAUGCCCAUUCACAGGGACUGUUAGACGGGCUUCUGAUGCUGCGACAAGGAGGGAUUCUGUUUGAUGUGGUGCUCUUGGUAGAAGGAAAGGCCAUUCAGGCUCACCGCAUUCUCCUGGCGGCCUCGUGUGACUACUUCAGGGGUAUGUUUGCCGGAGGUUUGCGGGAGAUGCAGCAGACUGAGAUCCCCGUCCAUGGAGUCACAUACAUGGCGAUGACCAAACUGCUGGACUUCAUCUACACCUCUGAGCUGGAGCUGGACCUGGACACGGUACAGGAAGUGCUGUGCGCGGCCACUCUGCUGCAGGUCCAAGAUGUGAUCGGCUUCUGCUGCGACUUCCUGUUCUCCUGGCUGGAUGAUGACAACAUCCUGGAGGUGGAAAAGCUAGCUGACAUCUACGGGCUCGACCAGCUCGGCGAAAAAAUUCGCUCAUAUCUACUCAAGAACAUCCAGACCUUCUCACGUACGCCGGUGUAUCGAAAGCUUCCUCCAGAAAAGAUCCUGAGUGUCCUUUCCAGCAACGAUCUGGAGGUGAACUCAGAGAACGAGGUGUUCGAAGCAGCCCUGCACUACCAUUAUACUCCUGAACAGGUGGAGAAGGAUGAUGUUUGCUUACAGGAUCCGUUGUGGAUGUUGGAAGCGGUGCGGUUCUGUCUGAUGGAGAAGCACGUGUUGCAGCGCUUGCACAGCCGGUUAAAACAGUGUCCGCUGCGGGACUCAGUGGCCGCUGCUCUGCGUUACCACAGUCAGGAGCUGUGGCAGCCGGUGAUGCAAACCCCACUCACUCAGCCUCGCUGCAGCUCCCAGUGCAUUGUGGGAUUCGGUGGCAUGUUUUCAUCCAGCACACUGGUGGACAAUGAAGAGCGCUUCCAGGUGUUCCACCCCUCCUGGGGUGAGUGGCGUAGUCUGGCUGCAGAUCGUGCUCCUCGCAUGUCCAACAUGGGCAUCGCGGUGCUCAAUAACUUUGUGUACUUGAUUGGUGGAGACAAAAACACCAGUGGCUUCCGUGCUGAAGCUCGAUGCUGGAGGUACGAUCCCCGCCACAACACCUGGUGUACUAUCGAGCCUUUACGGCAGCAGCACGCGGAUCAUUGCGUCUGUGUGGUUGACAAAUAUAUCUACACCAUUGGAGGACGAGACUACACCAAUGAACUGGACUGUGUGGAGCGCUACAACCCACAAACCAACACCUGGGAAUAUGUGGCACCGCUGAAACGAGAGGUAUAUGCCCACGCUGGUGCAGUGAUUGAUGGGAAGAUCUACAUAGCAUGUGGCCGGCGGGGAAUGGCAUAUCUGAAGGAGACCUACUGUUAUGAUCCCAGCGGCAAUCACUGGAGCAUGUGUGCCGAGGGUCCGGUGGAGCGCGCCUGGCACGGCAUGGCAGCACUUAACGGCCGAGCUUACGUCAUUGGAGGCAGCAACGAUGGUUGCGGUUACCGGCGAGACGUCCUCAAGGUGGCGUGCUAUAACCCAAUAGCAGAUGUGUGGUCUGUGGUGAGCCCGCUGCCAGCUGGACACGGAGAGCCAGGUAUGGCCGUCCUGGAUGGGUGCAUCUACAUCCUGGGAGGAAGGUCGCAUGAUAAGGGCAGUCGAAUGAAGUACGUUCACAUUUAUAACGCAGAGGAGGACAGAUGGGGGAGCGGGACAGCCCUCGAGGACCGCGUAUCUGGGCUUUCAGCAUGUGUCCUGCUUUUGCCACAAGCAGCCAUGGCUCAGGCGCGCAGCUGGGAGCAAAGGGCUAAAGCAUCAUGGGAAGAUGUGGACUGGGAUGACUCGGACAACUCAAGCGAGGACUGAAGGUGUUAGCGCUGCUCAGGUGGGGCAUAAAAUUGCAAAAGUGAGGGAAUUGAACUUUAUUAAAUUGAGCACUUGUACGAAAUUCCAUAAUUCUUUACUAGACUGAGUUUUGGGAGCGUCCUUGUUGUGCCUGUCUGUAAGAAACUGAAGGUAAGUUGGAAGUGUUCUGGUUUAGAUAAUUUCCAAAUUACACUCCUUUAUGCUUGUGUGUUAAUUUCACUUACUCUUUUAGGUUGAUGUGCCAUUUUCUAUUGUUUUACGCCCAAAACUUCAUUCAGAACUAUGAGAAACUGUUGGAGAUGCUAACACUGUACAUGCACUUUACAAAUAAGGUUUGAUUUUGUUUAUAAUGAUGGUGCCUUUAUUUUACAGAUGUGUUUUGGUAAGUCCAAUGCCUUUUUAUUAAUAGAUUUGAAUUAAGUGCAAUAACAAUUUUCAAAAGAGUAAAGGAAAGGGUGAGGAAAGUGGUAAACAGGAUGCUCUAGUGCAGGGGUCGGCAACCUUACACACAUGUACUAACAUUAGCGGAGUAAAUAUUGGCACAAAAAAACAGUAAUAUUGUGAAAUGUUUUUACAAUUUAAAAGAGCUGUUUUCUUUUUGAAUAUAUUUUAGAAGGUAAUUUAUUCUUGUGAUCCAAGCUGUAUUUUCAGCAUCAUUACUCCAGUCUUCAGUGUCACAUGAUCCUUCAGAAAUCAUUAUAUUAUGCUUAAUCAUUAUAUUUGCUGCUCAAGAAACAUUACUUAUUAUUAUCAAUGUUGAAAACAGUUGUGUUGCUUAAUAUUUGUUUUAAUUCAAAAGUUUGGGGUAAAUAAUAUUUAAAGAAAAUAAAUAAUACUUUUAUUAAUCGGGCACACAUUAAAUUGAUGAUAAACUGACAGUAAAGGCAUUUAUAAUGUUACAAAAUAUUUCUAUUUAAAAUAAAUACUAUUCACUGUUCAUCAAGAAUCCUGAAAAAAAAGUAUUGAUGUUUUAAGCAGCACCAUUGUUUUCAACAUUGAUUAAAAAAAUAAAAAAAUAAAAAAGAACCAUAAUUAACAGGUGAGCAUCAACAAUAACUGGCUAUAACAGAAGUCAGAAAGUGCUUUAUUACCAAGUAUGAUUACACACACAAGGAAUUUGACUUGGUGACGGGAGCUUCCAGUACAGAAGAAAGUACAGACAUAGUGCAGACAUACAUGGAAUAUAACACUAAUAUAGGAAAUUAAAUAAUGCAUCAUAUACAGCAGUAGAAAUAUAGAGGACAAAAAUUCUUCUAAACAUAAAUGAAUGUACAGAUAUGUUAUUUACAAGUGUACAGUUUAUGUAAUUUACAAAUGUGCAAUUUCCAGAUGUUAUGCGUAAAUGUGUCACUUAUGAUGGACAAUGUAUAGUUAUGAAAGUUUUAAUUGUUCAGGCUGAAUAUAGCCUGUGGGGAAAAAACUGUUCUUGUGCCUGGCUGUUCUGGUGAUCGGUGCUCUGUGUAGCGUCGACCAGAAGGCAACAGUUGGAAGAGAGAGUGAGCUGGGUGUGUGGGGUCCAGAGUGAUUUUCUUAGCCCUUAUCCUCACUCUAGAGAUGUAAAGAUCUUGGAGGUUGGGCAGAGGGGCACCGAUAAUCCUUUCAGCAGUCCUGACUGUCCGCUGUAGUCUCUUGAUGUCUGAUUUGGUAGCUGGACCAAACCAGACAGUUAUGAAUGAACACAGGACAGACUCGAUGGCCGAGUAGAACUGUUUCAGCAGCUCCUGUGGCAGGUUGAACUUCCUCAGCUAGUGAAGGAAAUACAGCCUCUGCUGGGCAUUUUUGCAUUUUGGAGUCGAUGUGAAUGUCUCAUUUCAAGUCCUGAGAGAUGGUGGUGCCCAGGAACCGGAACGACUCUACUGCAGCCACAGUGCUGUUCAUGAUGGUGAGUGGGGGGAGUGCAGGAGGCUUUCUCCUGAAGUCACGAUCGUCUUUGCUGUCUGUGGGAGGGUCAGACAGCUCUUAGAAUUCAUCAAACAUAUUUUAAUUUGUGUUCCGAAGAUGAACGGAGGUCGUACGGGUUUAGAACGACAUGAGGGUGAGUAAUUCAUGACAGAAUUUUCAUUUUUGGGUGAACUAACCCUUUAACCUCCUGUCUAAGCAGACUCAUCGCCACCGUGUAUGAGGCCGAUGACGGUAGUGUCAUCUUUAAAUUUCUAUGACAGAGGGGUCUUUUGCAGUGCAUCCGUUCGUAACUGAGCAGCAAAUCAGCAUAUUAGAAUGAUUUUUGAAGGAUCAUGUGACACUGAAGACUGGAGUAAUGAUGCUGGAAAUUCAGCUUUGAUCACAGGAUUCAAUUGCAUUUUUAAAUAGGGUAAAAAAUUAAGCUCACCAAAAAUCUACAUUGAGACGUUUUUAGUGCACAAGAUGUUGGUUUCAGUACAAAAAGUUAUGUUAAAAUAAAAUAUUAAUCUCUCACAACAAAAUGUUGAAUAUUAUUUGAAAUGACAAAAGCAUUUCAAUUAAGAUAUACAUCAUUAAAUUCAAAAAGUCUGGCUGUGCUUAAUGGGUACAUUUUUGUACACCCUUGUUGUUCCCAAUAAGCUCACAUCAUGUUUUAUUACAAAUUCUUGUUUAUUUUAUGGAAACUUUUUAAAGAAUAAUUGUAAAAAUAUAUUUUUUGAAGGUACAAAGUCAAUCACAAAAAAACAGCACUAAAAUCUAGCAACAAGGCAUUCAAGUCGAUCAGUUAUAUAUUCAUAAUGAAGUGUCAUCUAAGCCCAUUACAACACGUUCAGCUAAGUAACACAAUCAAAUAAAACAAACCAAUAAAACAUUUAAUUCAUGGGGAUGAACACAGAAACUAGCCUCAUUAUGAAACCUCUUUUUAAAUGGAUGUAAACUUAUCUAUAGUCUCUUAAGGCUGAAUGGACUACAUGAUUUUUGCCCCGAUUUUCCACAGAUUUACAGUCUGGAGAAGUUGAUGCUAUAGCCAAAGAUCAGAGCCAGUCUGCAGAUUUGAGUCGACAGAAUCCAUAGAAAAUCGAUUAACUUAAAGUGACAACCAUCAAGUCAAGUCUGUUUAUGAAGUAUUUACAGACGUUCAAUGUGGAAGAGCUUAAAGAGCACACUGAGCUUAAUUAAAGCAGCAACAAUUUUUAAUAAAUUUCAUGUAAUAUUUAUUAAAAUGCUAGGAUUUUGCUAAAUAAAUAAUCUAGGUCAUGUAUUAAGUUCAUACAUAUUUUAAUAUGAACAACUAUUAUUAACAAUAUCUAUGAAAUUAUACUUUUUCUUCAAGAUGUCACACUGAAGCUGUGAUUUUCAUAGUAGUGCACCCUUUAAGCUCAGCUUACAAUAAUAUGACAUCUUUAAAAAUUACAGCACUGUAAAACCACAGACCAGCAAUAAACUGUCAAUUUAUAAUAUUAUGGAUGUGAAAGUACAAGCCAGUAAUGCCUGUGAAGUAAUAUAUUAGCGUAGCACACAAUCUUAUACAGCUAGUCAGCUAUCUGUGUUCUGUAGCAUCUGCGCUGUGUUAAUAAAACUAUCUUUUGGAUCUGAUGUAAUUAUUUCCCACAUCCAAGUUCCAGGUUAUAAUAUGCAAAAGUCUGAACAUUAAUCUCUUAAUUUUGCAGUAAGUAGUGAAACUCACCCAAAAUAAAGGAUUAAACAUCUAAAAAAAACACACAUUUAAGGAAUGACUCUUUUGGUGAAAGUUUUUAGACGGCUUUCAAAAUGGCCGCCAGACAGUGUGAACACAUGGAGACUCAUAUCUCGGCGUGCGAUGAUCUGAUUGACUUGAAAUUAUAGGAGGUGUAUAGUAACAAACACAUCAAUUGGUUAAGACAUCAAGUAGGAUAAUAAAUAUUUUUUUCUUUUUAUAAUCUGAGCUCAAAAAUGGAAGUGUGCUUAAUGGGAACGUGAGCUUAAUAGGUAUGUCUACCCUAUAUUUAAAUAGAAAACAUUUAUUUUACAUUAAUGUUGUUUUUACUGUGCUUUUGAUCAAAUAAAUGCAGCUUUGGUGAGCAGAAGAGACUAAUUUAAAAA